AUGAAAGGCCAACCAGCUUCUCAUGGCCAUUCAAAAACACACAGGAAAAUGGGAGCAACAGGAGGCGGGCAGGAUCCUGGAAGAAUCUGGCCAGGAAAGAGGAUGCCUGGUCACAUGGGAAAUAAUAGCUGUACAUUCCUUGCUGUCAAGAUUCUUCGUAUCAACACCAAGUACAAUAUCCUUUACCUCCUGGGAAAUUGUCCAGGCAAAAAGGGAAGCUUCAUUACAAUUCAGGAUUCUUACAAGCCACACGAACACCCUCCUCCCUUCCCUACUUAUUUCCCAGAUCCCCAGGAUCCCCUCCCUGAGGAUAUGUUUGCAGAUGAUGUACAACAGUUUGAUGAGACAAUAUUUUUCACAAAACAGGACCAAGCCAAUGAAGCUGCACAGGAAAAUGCUUGA